AUGGGCCGCGGACCGAAAAAGCAUCUUAAGCGCCUUGCUGCGCCCUCGUCGUGGAUGCUCGACAAGCUCGGCGGCACCUACGCUCCCCGCCCCUCGCCUGGCCCUCACAAGCUCCGCGAGUCCCUCCCCCUCAACAUCUUCUUGCGCAACCGCUUGAAGUAUGCUCUCACCGGCCGCGAGGUGACGUCGAUCGUCAUGCAGCGUUUGAUCAAGGUCGACAACAAGGUCCGCACCGACAACACCUACCCUACUGGCUUCAUGGACGUUCUCUCGAUUGAGAAGUCCGGCGAGCACUUCCGUCUGCUCUACGAUGUCAAGGGUCGCUUUGUCAUCCACCGCAUCACGCCUGAGGAGGCGACCUACAAGCUCCUCAAGGUCAAGAAGGUCGCUCUCGGCAACAAGGGUGUCCCCUACAUCGUCACCCACGACGGCCGCACGAUCCGCUACCCCGACCCGCAGAUCAAGGUCAACGACACGGUCAAGUUCGACCUCACCACGAACAAGAUCACCGACUUUGUUCACUUCGACACCGGUAACAUCGUCAUGAUCACCGGCGGUCGCAACAUGGGUCGCGCUGGUACCAUUGUUCACCGCGAGAAGCAUAUUGGUGACUUUGACAUUGUCCAUGUCAAGGACUCGCUCGACCGUACCUUCGCUACGCGGAUAACGAACAUCUUCGUUAUCGGCGAGGGCUCGAAGGCAUGGGUCUCCCUGCCCAAGGGCAAGGGUACCAAGCUCACCAUCGCCGAGGAGCGUGACGUGCGCCGGAAGCAGCGCGCAGCUGAGGCAUGA